AUGAAGCUCGAAUCCAUUGUCCUCAGUGUUCUCACCGCUGCCACGACAGUCGUCCAGGCAAUGCCGGCAUCAAAUAAACGAUGCGAGGACAUAUUCAAGAUGGACCAGAAUGAAGCUUUUCCAGCAGAAUGCACAGAAAAAUGGAACCGCGCGGUCGAUAUAUGCGGACUGAAGCCUGCGCCACAGCCUGGAACAGCGAUCCCGAGCGACCCCCGGCCUUGUCUUGAAGCCACGUUAAAACAGCUUGAAGCGUCUGACCUAGGCACCUCUCAACUGACAAAGCGGGAACGUGACCAAGACAGGGAGCGCAGGGAAAGGGAGUUUAGGGAGCGGAAAGAACGAGCCGAUAGGGAGCGGAGGGAGAGGGAAGAUAGGGAGCGGAGGGAAGAUCGUGAGAGGAGGGAAAGGGAGGAUAGGGAGCGCAAGGAAAGGGAGCAAAAUAAUAGAGAUAAAGAUGGAAAGCCUACAAAUGUGUGCACGCAUGACGACUGGAAGAAUAACAGGCCGUGUGCUCAACCAUGA